AUGAAGUUUUCGACAGCAGUAGUCUAUUUGGCAAUUGCGUGUUUUGUAGUGGCUAACUGGACUCCCCAGGACCAUGAGAUUUUCACUUUGAACGACAAGAUUAGAAAAGAUCUUGGGUCUGGAACUACGUUCUACUCAUGGCUAGGUUUGACGAAAGGUCACAAGUCCACCACGGAGGAAAUCUCCAAGGCGUACAGAAAAAUGUCUAGGAAGUUACAUCCUGACAAGUAUAGAGGGAACCUGAAGUCGGAAAAGAAGAAAGCCGAGGAGAGGUUCCAGAGACUCUCGUUGGUGGGAAACAUCUUGAGAGACAACUCGUUGAAACAACGUUACGACUACUUUUUAGACAAAGGGUUUCCUAAGUGGAAAGGAACUGGCUACUACUACUCAAGGUUCAGACCAGGAGUGGUUCUCACGCUUUUCGUUGUGUAUGUGGUGGUUUCAACGUUUCAGUAUGUUUCGUUGAGAAUCAACAGAAAGCAGGAUUACAAAAGAAUUGCUGCCAUGAGAGAGCAAAUCAAGAAUCAAGCCUGGGGAGGCUCAUAUAUUCCUCCUCUGGAUGGCUCUGCUAGAAAAAUCACCGCUCCUAACGGCAAAGAAUUCCAUGUUUCUCCUACUGGAGAAGUAAGUCUCAUUGAAUAUGACCAGAAGGAAAAUGUGGUGUUGACUUUGAUGGACGAGAACGAUAUUGACGUCAAUCCUGGCUUCAAAGAGUCGUACUUUGUUAGAAUUCCUUCCAGCUUGUGGAACAUAUCUCUCGGAAAACUCACAGGCUACACCGUGAACACGAAGAGCACUUACGUCAAUCCAAACAGAAAGGAGCCUCCAGCAGAGAAGAAACCUUCAAAAAAGAAGGGUGUUAACAAGGGUGAGAAGAUUGAGUUGCCCAACGGCAAAGUAAUGUACAAAAGAAAGAAGAAUUAG